UAAAAAGAGAAAAGAGAAAAAAAUGGAAUCCACCGGCACGACGGCGGGCGUAAUUCUCCCGACGAUGCUGGACAACCAGAAGAAUCUUCCAAUGGAAUUCAUAUGGCCACGUGGGGAGUUAGCGACGGGGAAUGCGGAGGAGCGAGAGGAGUUGAAAGAGCCCUUGAUUGACUUAGGGGGAUUCCGGCGAGGGGAGGCGGCGGCGACGGCGGAGGCGGCGGCGAUGGUUCGGAUGGCGUGCAGGAAGCAUGGGUUGUUUCAGGUGACGAAUCAUGGAGUGGCGGCAGAGCUGAUAAAGGCGGCGUAUGAGGAAGGGGAAGCGAUUUUUAAGAUGCCGUUAGUGAAGAAAAUUAGCGUUGGGAAAAAGCCGGGAAGAGUGUCGGGAUAUUCAGGAGCUCAUGCAGAGAGAUUCUCGUCAAAGCUUCCAUGGAAAGAGACGUUCUCUUUUGAAUAUUGUAGUGAUGAUUCUCAACGCCUUCAUGUUCUUCAUUACUUCAAGUCAUUGUUCGGAUGCGACUUCGAGAACACUGGAUGGGUAUACCAAAGAUACUGUGAGGAAAUGACAAGAACAGCACUAAUGAUAAUGGAGCUUUUAGCAAUAAGUUUGGGAAUAGAAAGAUUUCAUUACAGGAAGUUCUUUGAAGAUGGAAGAUCAAUAAUGAGAUGCAAUUACUACCCACCAUGCGAAAAUGCAGGCCUAACCUUAGGCACAGGCCCCCAUUGUGACCCAACUUCACUCACAAUUCUCCAUCAAGAUCAAGUUGGUGGCCUUGAAGUUUUUGCUAACAACAGAUGGCUCUCUGUCAAACCUAGACCUGAUGCUUUGGUUAUUAACAUCGGUGACACUUUUAUGGCACUCUCGAACGGAGCGUACAAGAGCUGCCUGCAUAGGGCAGUGGUGAACAGGAAGAGAGAGAGAAGGUCAUUGGUGUUCUUUGUGUGCCCAAAAGAUGAUAAAGUGGUGAGACCCCCACAAGAUUUGGUGAGCAGAGAAGGGCCAAGACAGUACCCUGAUUUCACAUGGUCAGAUCUUUUGGAGUUUACACAAAAACAUUACCGAGCUGAUGUUGCUACACUCCAAAGCUUUGUUCAUUGGCUUCAAGCUAAACCUCACCCUCCAACAAAUCCAUUUCAAAUUUAAUUAUAUAUAUACAUACACACAAUUUCUCCAUUGUCAUUUUUCUUACUUUGUUCUUAUUCAUAUUCUCCUUUUAUUGU